GUGAAUUUGCCUCAUUCGUAAGGCCUGCAUGCAAAAGCUAUUGAGCCCUUCUAGAGUUAUUAUGUUGUUAUGCUAGGCCAGUGAAAUGCUGCAUUCAUUGUCGCGGCUAUCGCCGCGGGUCGGGUUGGCGUUCGCCGCCUGGGAAUCGUGCACGGUGCAAGCAUGGCAGCACGCCAUACGCCGAUGUGCCAGCACGGGCACUUCUGCUGACCCGGGACAGGAGGUUGACGUGGUGAUAGCUCUGGGGACCAACAUGGGCAACCGGGGGCUGAACUUGCACAGGGGGCUGCGCCGCCUGCGGCAGCUGGGCCUGUCCGUGCUGCGGCACUCGGCGCUGUACGAGACGGCGGCGGCCUACGUCACCGACCAGCCCGCAUUCCUCAACGCGGCGGUGCUGGCGCGCACCCACCUGCCGCCGCGGGAGCUGCUGCGGUUGUUGAAGCAGGUGGAGGCGGAGGCGGGUCGGGACCUGGCUGGCGGCCCGCGCUUCGGCCCACGGCCGCUGGACCUGGACAUCGUCUUCUACGGCGCGGCGGGGUACCGGGAUGAAGUGCUGGAGGUGCCACACCCCAGGUGGCGGGAGCGGCCUUUCGUGACGGCACCGGUGGCGGACCUGCUGUACCGCCGGGAGGAAGCAUCCGCAGCAGCAGCCGGCAGCAGCAGCAGCAGCAGCAGCACCAAUGGCGCUGGCGGCAGUAGCGGCGAGGCGCCGGGCUCCGUGCCAUUGCCGUAUGGUCAUGCCGGGUCCGUGCUUGGUCACCUCCGGGAGGUGAGGGGCGUGUGGGACGCGUCUUGCUCGCGGCGGCCGCAGCCGCCGGGGUCGGCGGGGGCAGGCGCCAGCAGCAGCGUUGGCGGCGGCGGUGGAGGAGGAGCAGGAGCGGCGGGGAGCGGUGGUGGCGGCGAGAUCAUGCGGCGAGUGACGCCACUCAUAAACAUGGAUGCGGGGCCGAGCAGCAGCGGCAGAAGUAGCACUGCUGGCGGCAGUAGCAGCGGGGCCGACGCGCUGCUGACGUGGGGUGUGCGCACGCAGCUGAUGGCCAUCCUGAACGUCACGCCCGACAGCUUCAGCGACGGGGGCAAGUUCUUCCCUGCAGGGCUGGGCGGGGCUGACGGCGGCGGUGCGGCAGGCGGUGCUGCUGCGGCGGGCGGGCUGGCGGCGGUGGUGGGCGCAGCGGAGGCGAUGGUGCGGGAGGGCGCGGACAUGCUGGACGUGGGCGGCCAGUCGACACGACCCGGCGCCACGCGGCUGACGCCGGAGGAGGAGCUGGCGCGCGUGAUGCCGGUGGUGAGGGCGCUGCGUCAGUCGCCGGUGCUGCGGUGUGUGCCCAUCAGUGUGGACACCUUCUACGCGCAGGUGGCGAGGGAGACGGUGGCCGCGGGCGCCAACAUCGUCAAUGACGUGUCGGGCGGCGCUUUGGAUCCAGACAUGCGACACACGGUGGCGGAGCUGGGUGUGCCGUACGUGCUGAUGCACAUGCGCGGCGACCCAGGGACCAUGUCCCGACCCGAGCACACCAGCUACGGCCCCGGGCCGGUGUGGCGGGGCGUGGGCGCCGAGCUAAUGGCGGGCGCGCGGGCGGCGGAGGCGGCGGGCGUGCCGGCGUGGAGCAUCAUCCUGGACCCAGGCAUUGGCUUCGCCAAGACGGCUGAGGGGAACGUGCAGCUGCUCCGAGACCUGCCGCUGCUGCGGAGCCGCGGGCUGGACGGACCCUACGCAGCGUCCGCGGCGGCGGCCGCCACCGGCAGCAGCAGCCCGGAAGCCGACGGCGGCAGUGGCAGCAUCAGCAUCAGCAGAAGCAGAGACGGGCACGGGGACGAGGACGGCAGCAGCAGCAGGGUGUGGGGCGGGCCGUUGCUUGUGGGCCCGUCCCGCAAGCGCUUUCUUGGCGCGUUGACGGGGCGGGAGGUGGCGGCGGAGCGGGACGCGGCCACCGCGGCGGCGUGUGUGGUGUCGGUGGCGGCGGGCGCGGACGUGGUGCGGGUGCACAAUGUGAGGGACGUGCGCGAUGCGCUGCGAGUGGCGGAUGCGGUGUACCGCGGCUGAGAGGCGGGGGGGGGGGCAAUGGGGAUGGUUGCAACGAUGUUGAUAAAGCGGUACAGGAUACACUGAAGACUGCACUGGGGGAAAGGUCGCAGCUGCAGCCCAGGCACAGGCGGCCCACGCCGACGCACCGAAGCAGGAACCGCUGGACUGCAAUGUAGUGCCAGUUGCCAUGUAAUAUCAGUUGGGG